ACUGGUUUUUGAGUAUUACCUAAAAUGCAUAACUAACUUCAAGUAACACAAAUUUACACUUCCUGAUUAUUGAAAUUUGAAACAAGAGUAACUUAUUAAUAUUAAUUCAACAUAGUAGGAGAAGAAGUAAAUAAAUAGCAUUGUUUGAGGCCCGGACACACAGUUCUGACAUCAGUUGACUACAGUCAAGGACCAUUGCCAUCUAAGUGGUCACGUCAUCAUGAAAAAUAUUCUAAUAAUAUUCACAAUUUUUAUUUUUUCUUCAUCUUUAACUCUUAGUCAAUUGUAUCAGUCAAAUUAUGGACAAUAUCAACAACAAGAAAUUCCAUUCAGAGAAAACAAUUUUAUAGAUAAUAGACCGAUACUUCGUGAGUAUGAUUUCAUUGUAAUUGGAGCCGGUCCAGGAGGCUGUGUCGUUGCAAACCGUUUAUCCGAAAAUCAAAAUUGGUCGGUACUAUUACUAGAAGCCGGUCAAGAUGAAUCUACUUACACAGAUAUACCAGCGGCGUUACUAUUUUUAGAUACAACGGAUUAUAAUUGGGGUUAUAUUGCCGAACCAGCAAAAAAUGGUUGUUUUGGUUUUAAAAACAAUCGUUGUCCAUGGCCAAAAGGAAAAGGUAUGGGAGGUUCAUCAAUAAUAAAUGCCCUGAUUUACACAAGAGGAAAAAAAGAAGAUUACGAUACAAUUGCAGCAUUGGGAAAUGACGGUUGGGCUUACAAUGAUGUAUUACCUUAUUUUUUGAAAUCUGAGAACAAUUCUAUACCAGAAUAUCAAAACUCACCAUUCCAUUCACAAAAAGGAAAUCUACACGUUGAACGAGUAAGAUAUCAUUCAACGCGCGUUGAUAAAUUUAUAGAAGCUGGUGGAGAAUUAGGAUUAAAAAAAAAUAUUGAUUAUACAAUUGAUCCUGAACAUGGAGUAUCCCGUUUCCAAGUCGCAACUCUAAAUGGACAUCGAGUUAGUGCGUCUAAAGCCUUUAUUCGACCAGUCAAAAAUCGUCAAAAUCUUCAUGUGGCAAUUCUUAGCCAAGCAACAAGAAUAAUCAUUGAUCCAAAAACUAAAAAAACAAUUGGGGUGGAGUUUAUUAAAAAUGGAAAAAUUAGAACAGUAUAUUCUAAAAAAGAAGUAAUUCUAUCUGCUGGGCCCAUUAAUUCCCCAAAAUUAUUGAUGUUAUCGGGUAUUGGACCAAAAUAUGACUUAAAGAAUCAUGGUAUACCAGUAAUCCAAGAUUUACCAGUUGGAAAAACUUUACUUGACCACUAUGGCACAUUUGCUUUAAAAUUUGAAGUAAAUCAAACUGGACCAGUAAUAACGAAAGCUGCUAUAUCAGACAAACAUUUAUUUGAAGAAUGGUUCAAAUAUGGCCGAGGACCAUUAACAGCACCAGCAGGAGCAGACGGUUUAGGUUAUGUAAGGGCACCAUCUGGCAAAGGGGUCGAAUUAAUAUUUGGUCCCAUAUCAGAUGAACCAAAUAUGUUUUUUAUUGCAACUCUCCUGUUACAACCAGACGCUCGUGGAAACGUGACUUUGAAAAACAAUAACCCAUUAGAUCCGCCCAUUAUGUCCUAUGGUUAUUAUGAAAACAAUACUACUGAUUUAGAAGACAAUGUUUUUGCACUUAAAUAUGCAGUUAAAUUAGUAGAAGAAACACAGGCAUUUAAAGAUAUCGCAGCUAAACUAAGUCCAAUACCAUACCCAAAAUGUACGCAUAUACCAUUUAAAUCUGACGAUUAUUGGGUUUGUCUAUCACAACACCUGACAAAUACCUGGCAUCAUCAAUGUAGUACAUGCAGGAUGGGGGAUGUUGUCAACAAUAAAUUACAAGUCAUUGGUAUUCAAGGAUUAAGAGUAGUAGACAGUUCAGUACUUCCAUAUAUUCCGCAUGGACAUACAUAUGCCCCAACUUUAAUGAUUGGUGAAAAGGGAGCAGAUAUGAUUCGAAGCUUUUGGUCAAAGUAAUUUAUUUGAAUAAAAUAUUUAUUUUCACAGUUAAGUUAUGAUUAUUUAUUUUAUUUAUUAUAAUGUUA